AUGAACACCAAAGAUUUUGUAGUUCUUCCAUGGGGAAAACCUGGAAGUUCUGUAAAGCUAAAAUAUAAAAGUGCUCAAGAACUGCGAAUGGAGAAAGUACAAUUAGAGUUAGAAAACCAAGAGAUGGAAAAGAAACUACAAGAAUUCAGAUCAACAAGGAACAAAGAAAAGGAAGAAAAAGAGUCAACUGGAUAUCACUGGAAAUCUGGAAAAUGGGGAAAAUUGGGUAAUCAAUCACACAUGAUGUCACAAAAUAAAGGAAAUGUUAUUAAGCUUUCUGCUGGAAAAGUGAAAUUAAAAUUGCUGAAGGAGCAGAUUCAAGAGCCGGUGAAACGAUCAGUUAAUUAUAAAAUGUCAACUUCUUCUGAAAGUGAAAAACCCAAGAUAAAAGGGAAAGUUUGUGGUCAGUGUGAGAACAAAGCUGCUCUACUGGUAUGCCUUGAAUGUGGAGAAGAUUAUUGUUCAGGCUGCUUUGCUAAAAUUCACCAGAAGGGGGCACUAAAGCUCCACAGAACAACUCUUUUGCAGGCAAAAUCUCAAAUAUUUUCCAGUGUAUUGGAUGUUGCCCAUCGAUUUAUAAAGGAAGUAAAUCCAGAUGAACUCAAAGGAGAGAAUAAUUCUCCAAAAGAGACCAGUAAACGUCAGCAUAAACCCAAAUCUCUACUUCUACAAGGGAGCAGCUCUGAGGCAGAAAUUACAACAACAAAAAGAGCAGAAUGUACAAAUCCAAGAGAUGGGCCCUUGUGUGAAGGGUCAUUUGAUGAAGAAGCUUCUGCCCGGUCCUUUCAGGAAGUGUUAAAUCAAUGGAGAACUGGAAAUCGUGACAACGAGGAGAAACAGAACUUACAUGCAGCCAAACCAGACUCAAUGGAAGAAUGUGAAGUACAAACUAAUCUAAAAAUUUGGAGGGAACCACUUCAUAUUGAAUUUAAAGAUGACAGUCUAUCCUAUAUGGAAAAAUUAUGGCUUAAAAAACACAGGAGAACUCCACAAGAGCAACUUCUUAACGUACUGCCGGAUAAACUCAUACAUUCGUGUAAAACCACUAGUGAGGCACAAUGUUCUCAGAAUGAAAGUGAUGAAGACAGUGAUGUUGAGGAAACCAAAAUACAACAUCCAGCUCUUUUUCUGCCAGUAGAAGAAUUAAACACAGAGAGACCUGAACCAUCUGUAAAGAUAGUUGAACUGGAUGAUACUUAUGAAGAGGAAUUUGAAGAACCGGGGAACGCUGUGCCUUACAAAGUUGAAUUCACCAAUGCAGACAGUCAGCAAAGUUGUCCAUUUUAUAAUUAUCAGAAGAAAAGUUUUCCGUAUGAAAAUGACAUCCAUCAGCAUCAUGUUUUCACUAAGGAAAAAAGAGACGUCUUAAAUCUUAGUCUGAGAAACUCCUCUACAUAUUGUAAAGAUAACUCAAAAGCAGGAACUUCAAAUACAGAUUUUGACAACCUUGCGGAUACUGAUGUUUAUUCUUCUGACACUGAAAAACUAGGGGGAAGCAGCUUUUUUGAAAGGAAUUUAAAAGAGAUAAGUAGAGAUAUAGAAAGUAAUGAAAAGUCUGAUGAUUCUUGCAUAUCACUUGAGAACAAGGAUUCUUUGCCAAGUACAGAUUUAGAAAAACCUUCUAUCGAGGAGAAAUUAUCUCAACACAUCAAAGAAUCCUUGGAAUUUAUCAAUCUUCAUGAGAGGCCGAAGUUUGAAGAUUCUAAAGCUACAGAAUCAGCACUGUUGUUACAAGAAAUAGCCCUCAGAAGUAAGCCUAUCACUGAACAAUAUCAAGGACUUGAGAGAUUCUUUAUUUCUGAUACAAGUGAAAGACGCAACUUACUUCCUUCUCUUAGCUUAGAAUGCAGCUAUUCCAGUACUAGGAUUACGCUUGCAGGAGACAGCGAGUGGAUCCCAGACUGUAGCUUAAGUGCACAUGCUGAUAAUGCAAUUGCCUUGGGUGUUCUGGACAGUGCCCCAAAUCCAUCAUCAAGCAGAAUACAGCAAAAGAUGUGCCAGACAUUACAGAGACCUUCAACAGCAAAUUUACCACUUUCCAACUGUGUUAAAAAAAGCUCCAGCGGCCUUUCAUCUUCUAAUCCUCCAUCCAGAAGUGCAGCUGCUGGACCAUUAUCCAGAGCUGCUUCUGAAAUUUCAGAAAUUGAAUAUAUUGACAUUACUGACCAGAAUGAGCCCUUCUUAGAUGACACUGCUGAUCAACAAACCUUGGACAGUUUGAAAAAAGAAUUAAAUAUGCUGAGAAACCUUGCAGAUCCUUCAGAGAAACUUUACAGCCUAACCUCAGAAGACUUAUCAGCUUUCAACAACCACUCGCUGCAUAUAAGUCAGACUUCCACAGACUUCCUCAAGACUUCACAAGCAAGGGGUAUCUGUGGAGAUGAGAAAUGGAGCACUUCUGGAAAAGAUACCGAGAUUCAGUCUCUGCUGUCACUUUCUGAGAGCAGUGCAGAUGAGGAGGAAGAAGAUUUUCUUGACAAGCAACAUGUCAUCACACUGCCAUGGUCAAAGAGCACUUAA